GCUUAAGAACGCACGCGCCAAUAAUCUGCUGCCUCCCCUCCCCAAUCCCAUGCUGGCCUCUCGCUUGCACAUCAACAACAACAACAACACACGCCCGGCCACGUACGAUACAAGAGCUCUCUGCGUUGUCCAAUCUCCAUAAUUCUCUCAUCAUCACACCUCCCUCGCCCCUUCCCCCCCAUCGACUUCCACAUCAGACACGCUUUGCUUGUCGACCUUCCAUCUCUCGGGGUUGGAAAGGCUGAUCAAGCGAGCCCAUCGCCACGCUGGAUUACGACGCACGCGUUCCAGUCCCGUUCAGCGUCUUCCCCUCCACUUACAGGAACGAGAAGACUUCCACCACUGAAGUCCAGGUUGACGAGCGAAUUACGGUCCAAGGCGCUGGACGGGAAGAUCGACACGACAGACCUCAAGGCCCUUCCCGUCGAGACGACCGCUACCGCGAAGACAUCCGCAUCACAGAGGAAGAUCGGUAUCGCAGAGGCGGCAGAAGUGAGGACAUCCGCAUCUACGAGCAGCAAUACUCGGGAGCAGGACGCCCACACCAGAGCAACGUCAACGUAGACGUCGAUAUCCACCGCGAGCGCUACCACGAGCCAUACCAACGGUACGCCGACGCCCAGAUCAACGUCGAGGAUCGCGUCUACGACCGUGACCACCCGACGCGUCACACCCCAGGCACGCAGAUCGAUCUCGACUCUCGCAUCGACAUUGCCGAGAGAGACUUCCGUGACCGCACCAUCCCAUUCACUGAGGAGUACAGAGCUUCUCGUGUUUGGCAAGACCAGUCCACACACCCACGCCCCUACCCAGCUGAAGUCUACGCCGAGCGUAGCCCCGUUGCGUUCGACCAGCACGUAACAGUCGAGGAGCGUACCCUCGACGGACCCCCCGAGCGUAAACACAAGCGGGACAUGGGAUAUUACGACGACGACGGACACUACCACUCAUUCCGCCACGGAGUUCGUCGUGCCGCAGACCGCAUCCUUCACCCCUUCGAAGGUCAUUCGCACCACUCGCACCACCACCAGCACGAAGGCCGCUCCGAGCGUAUUGAAGAAGACAUUGUUGUCAAGGACCGCGAAAUCACCAUGAGUGCUCCACGUGGAAGUUAUUCGGCUGCUCCCCGCUCUGCGGGUGCGCCCAACACCAUCACCAUUCCCUGCCACCACAUCCGCAUCGGAGACUUGUUGAUCUUGCAAGGUCGUCCAUGCCAAGUCAUCCGCAUCACCACUUCGGCACAGACGGGCCAACACCGCUAUCUCGGUGUCGACCUCUUCACCAAGCAGCUCCAUGAGGAGAGCUCUUUCGUCAGCAACCCCAGCCCAUCGGUGGUUGUCCAGAACAUGGUCGGUCCUGUCUUCAAGCAGUACCGCGUCCUCGACAUCCGUGAUGACGGUGCCGUCGUUGCCAUGACCGAGACUGGUGAUGUCAAGCAGGGUCUGCCCGUCCUGGACCAGAGCAACUUGCUCAAGCGCCUUCAAGAGUCGUUCAACGACGGCCGUGGCAGCGUCCGCGUGCUCGUCAUUAACGAUGACGGCCGUGAGCUUGCUGUCGACUACAAGGUCGUCCACGGCAGCAGAUUGUAGAAAGUAUUCACGGUUUAUGAUGUGCAUAGUGUAAUGCCACAAAAUGCAAAAAAGUCAUUUGGAGCAACGUUCACGGCGGGAGCUCCUCUUCUUGAUGUACCUUGGGGACCUUGCUUCUCUUGGGGGCGUCGUCGAGUCGCUUGUGGCGUGCUGUGCAUAUUGCAGAUACGAAUAGGAGGAGUACACGAUUGGACGGAUUGUGCAUAAUACAUGCAGUAGUAUGCACUGUUGAAUGAAUUGAUCUGAUUCCAAUAACGUUGCCCUCGCCUUGAUGUGAAGUCUCAAUGCCACGUAUAGAAAGGGAUGCAGAAAGUUUUUGACUUGUGUGACGGAAGUUGGAGUUGAGGUCAGUCUAUCUUCCUGUACGACAAUGCUCUAAGCAUGACCUGCCAAGCCAUUCAUGCACUGUACUUUACAGUAAAGUAGAGCUCGUUAUAAGUUAUAACUACC